UUUUUCUUACAGUAAAAUAAGUCUGAACUGAAAAGUGCCAGUAUUUUCAAGAAAUCAUUGUGAAUUUAAUUUAAUGUAACAUCAUUGUUCUAAUAAGUAACGCAAUUAUGAUUGUAAUAAAAUCAUCUGUAUAUCUUCCCGACAACAAUAGUAACAAUACCGAUACCGACGAGUAUGAGUAUUACGAGUAUGAAAAAAGAAGUUAUUAUAGAAGGUCGAAAAGUGGUGGCGCGCUUGGCGUGGAAGUGGUGGACGGCGGAGGCCUAGUGGGCGGGGAGCUGACUGCUCAUGUCUUGAGCGCGCAGGCGGCCGCGCACGCCGCCGCCACCGCCGCGGCGCAGGCCCACCAUCAGCAACAGAUUGCUGUUCAACAAAUAAUCAACCACCCCACAGAAUCCCCGUCUUCGGGCCGGUCCACACCGGUGACGUCACAAGCCAAUGGCUCCGCAACCACAAUCUCAACUGGCACCACUUCACCGUCUCCGAGCAAACUCUUUGUCGGAGGCCUCAGCUGGCAAACGAGUUCAGAGAAGCUACGGGAUUACUUCGCAAUGUUUGGCCCGGUCACCGACGUCUUGAUCAUGAAAGAUCCUGUCACACAGCGCUCGCGCGGCUUCGGCUUCAUCACGUUCCAGGAGGCGUCCUCCGUGGACAAGGUGCUGGCGGUGCCUGUCCACACGCUGGACGGCAAGCGCAUCGACCCCAAGCACGCCACGCCCAAGUCGGCGCCGCGCCCCGCCAAGACGAAAAAGAUCUUCGUGGGCGGCGUCGGCCAGGACACGUCGGCCGAGGAAGUAAGGGCAUAUUUCUCGCAGUUCGGCCACGUCGAGGACGCCGUUAUGUUGAUGGACCAGCAGACUAAACGCCACCGCGGCUUCGGCUUCGUCACCUUCCAUUCUGAGGAGGCUGUCGAACGCGUGUGUGACAUACACUUUCACACGAUUAAGAAUAAGAAGGUGGAGUGUAAGCGCGCGCAGCCGAAGGAGGCGGUGGCGGCCGCGCCGCUCGCGCUGGGCAAGCGCCUGGUGCUGCGGCCCGGGCGCGGGCUGGUGUACGCGGGCGGCGUGGGCGCCGUGCCGGGCGUGGGCGCCGCCUACCGCUACUCGCCCUACGCCCUCCCGACCGCCGCCACCACCCAGGCCGCCCUGGUGGCGCCGCCCGCCCCGCAGCCGCCGCCCGCGCUGCCGCAGUUCGGCGCCGCCUACUCGCUCGCCGGCGUCGACAUGUCGUCGUUCCAGGGCGUCGACUGGGGCGCCAUGUACGGCCUGCCCAUGUACAUCUAAGUCUCUGCAGAGACGUUUUCAGUUCCUAAGGUUUCGGUUCGAUCCUCCCCCCCCCCCACGCGCGAGAGUUCUCAGUAUUCGGAAUUAGGGCUCGCGAGCUGUAUAUCGUGUUGAGUCAAUUUUUUAUCUCUCUUAAAGCAAUAGGCCGUUACAGGUCCAAAGAUAAGCAUUUCGUUCUCUUUUUUUUUAAGUAAAGAAAAGGUUAUUAUAAGGUCGAGAUCUCAGAUAAUUUAGUUUGCAGUGGAACUAUAAUUAUGGGAUGGCGAGAGCAAAGGUUACGGGAGCAUGUGCAGCCUCUUUAAGGCUUUCCCGGAGUAAUGUUUGGCCUCGCGUCCCGGUUUGUCUUGAUUUGUAUAAGUACUUAGUAGUUACUGCACGUUACUUGGCAAUAUACUUAUUUAUAUGUAUGUGAAAUUGGUAAUUUUAAGGUGUGUAUUUUGUGAAUCUCAUUUCCGCUGUACUAUUAAUAUUAGGCGUUUUAAUCGUUUGGCGCGGCGCCGGGUGAAACAUUCCGCCAUUUUGUCACUCUUAAAACACGAAUCGUCUGUGGAACCACAAUCAGUAUUAUCACUUUUCGUGCCAUUAAUUGUUAGAGAAACAAGUACUUAAUCGUGCCAAACUGCACUAUGUUAAAUAAUAUUUAUACGUACUUAAUAAAAAUCACAAUUUAGUCUUUUCAUUCUUAGUAACAACUUUAAAAUCUAAGUUAAAUAAGCGGCAAUCUGAAAAAAGGGACUAGCAAUGAAUGAAAAAUGCUUGCAUUGCUAAACCCUUUUCACUGCACAAUAUUGGAAGUACCUACCAUAUAAUCUUUUACUCACAAUACAGUUUAAAUACAAUACGAUUCACCCGGCGUUGCUUGUUCAUCCCACGAUACUCAAUAACUUCAUACAUAUCCUAAACUGAGUGGAAUCUCAAGCUAAUCUCACUAGUGUAAAAUUGUAUGAGUUUUUGCGUAGAUCUGUAGACGCUACCCGAACCCAGUUCCCCUUGUUAUAAAACGAAGACUAAAGAUAGUUCUAGUUUAAAUCCGGCUUUAGACUGUCUUUAGUUACGUUUUAUAAUAAGGGGCAGUAUGUUUUGGCAUGUUAUAACUGCAUUCUCAUUUCACAAUAUAACGAAUUUACAAAUUACAGUCGACAAAAUAGAUAAAUGCACGCCCAGUGCAAACAUUUUUAUCAGGAAAAACAUAAUUGAGAGAUGUAACUGCACUGUUCGUGCUUGUUUCACAAAUUCUGCUUCAAAGUUAUGUGUUUGAUAAAAUUCAUGCUGUCAGUCUCAAAUAUAUUUCGGAGAGUGACAGCGUUAUUUUAUCCCACUGAUAAUUUUUAUUCAGGCAUUGCGUAACCGGCACUGAGAUAUACCUAAACUUAUUGAACAGGGUAUGUUACCUUGAGUGCAAUAUACAUUUUUAUUUAUCUUUUAGAAAUGGUUUUAAAGGCUAUUUAUUAUUAGACAGAAUUUCCUUUUAUUUUCUCUUUAACAUGCCAAAACUUACGUCUAAUAUUGAAUUUCAAAUCAAACUUAGUUCGAAUGUGCUAUUCAGUGAAUAUAAACAAGUUAGCGACUACCUAUUGGGCCGAUUAUGAAGGCACCAGUUUUAAAUUUAGCAAUGUCAAAACUAACUUCCGAAGAAAGAAAAUUAUGUUUUGUACAUUGUUAAAUUAAAAUUUUGGGCCUUCACUGCCAUCUAGUGACAAUCUAGCGAACUAAGUUUGUCUGAAAUUCGGUUGCCAAAUGGGUAACACAAUAGUUGGUAAUUUUUUUAUUAAUAUUAACUCUUAGUUGUACUGAUGAAUGCGUACUAACACCUUGUGUCUAUUGACAAUAAGCUAAGAUUAGUGUUUGAGUUAUAGCCUAAAUACUUGCCUGUCUUUGCCUUGAUGCGAAUCUCUGGAACGGGAUGAUUAGUGCUUCAGGAGGCUUACUCUAUACUGACGAAAAACGAACGACCGAGAGCUGUCGUACAAUCGGCACGUUUAAUACAACGAGAUAGGAUCGUAGCUCUGAAGCUUAGUUUUUUGACAUAUAGAGUAGAGAGACCCCCUAUUUUACGUCUGGAAAUCACGUUUGCUCAAAUUAUAUGCAGCAUUUGCGUUGCGUUGAAUGCGUCAAAUAAAUAUAUAAUAUUAUAUUUCUGUCUCCUGAAAUUAUGAUAAAUUUUAUUUGUCCACAACAGUCAUUGUGAGAAAUCAUACUUUUAAUAUCUAACGCGAUAUAAUGUGGCGGUGAACGCACUAUUUUAAUUAAAUUCUGAUCUGUGCUUUCGGACAUCUACAGCCAUUUAUUUAGGAUCGAGUUAUAUUUGCAACACCCUGUAUACAAGCGAACUUGGACUGAGGCUACUCGUAUCGUGGAAACACCGCUUUAUAUUCGUAAAAUCUAAACAGACCGUGAUUUUUAGGCAAUUUAUAUAUUAUAUAAAACAGGGUUGUAAUCCUUGUAAUAAUAUCUAAACUCAGUGACAAUCGUUUACAAGCAAUAAUAGUCUUUACUGUGAUUUAAAUUUAAAAAAAAGUAUUGGAAUUCUACAUGAAUAAAGACAUUAAAAAACGGUUGUGUUUGUGCAAUUUUUAGGUAAUAAGUAAUUAAUAAAAGGACAUAGUCCCCUUUAUCAGUAUUAAAUUUAAUUCUUCUAUGGCUAAUAUAUUUACCUACCUUUCUUAUAUACCUAAUAUAAAUUUACAAAAUUACGAUAUUAUUAUAUCUAAGCUUGAUUGAUGCUCACACAAUAUGAAUAAUAAAUUAAUUGUGAUUUGAUUAUUCAUUUUUACUUAGGUACCCAAUUUUUAGACUCGAAAUCUCAGGAAUCUAAAACUUAAAACAAUUCCAAAAACCAGUGAACAUUAAAAUUUGUGAAUUCAUCUCACCGAAUAUUACGAUUCUAUUUAAAAAUAUGACUGUAACUGCUUUGUAAAAGAACAGAUUAUGGGAUCGAGUGGGAGAAAAUAUUAGAUACUAAAAUUAUUUUAUACCUACAUAAUACUUAAUAUUGAGGCAAAGACAGGCAACUUCGUAGAUGCUGAGCGCAUGCGGUGAAGUAGAUCGGUGGAAAACCGUAUCACUGAAAUUUGUAACCUUGCUGUGUGAAAAAUAAGACACAAAAUCCAGUAUAAGGUAAAAACCAUUUCUAAUUUGGUGACAUUUGUACCAGCUGUGUUGCCAGGUGUGAAAGAAAAAUAUAUAAAAGUCACGAUGAAAAUGUUUUGAUGAAAAUAUUUUUCACAUACCGAGGGUACCGUAAGCAUUACCACCUGUAUUACACAGUACCUAUCCUUAUUUAACUAUAGCAGUAUUUUUAGUAUAAGUAUGUAGGAUUAGACCUCCUUGAGAUUAAAUGCUCUGUAGUAAUGCGUUUUGGUCUGGCAACUAUAUGAAAAAAAUGAACCGAUUUGGUUAUGGAAAAGUGUUGCUAGUGUCAACCGCAGAAGAUUUAAGAAUAUUAUCUUAUUUAUCUUGUUCCGUCGGUUGACACAAUAUGUAUAUUAGCAUUUUCCUUGUGAAAUUUGACAGUAUUAGACGGUUGAUGAUAAUAUUGUGAUGUUUAUGAUUAGUAGUGGCCCUUUCCCUGUCGCCAAUUUUACACGAUAGCUCUCAGUCGUACGGUUUUUUAACGUAUUUAACGUGAAAUUCCUACGACCGAUGGGAUACAUUGUGUUUAAUGCUAGUAGUCUUGCCAAAAUACGUAGAUAAUUUUGAGCGGCGACUGUCCUUAGAUUUUAUGUACUUAAUAUUUUUUAAUAUUAUCUUCCUUAUCGACCCCCCUCAUAAUGUGUCAACAGAUUUUUUUAUUUACAAACCUGGUGUUUAAAUUAUUUUAUCAGAUUGAUAUGGCUGUACUUACGCCGUGUAUAUAUGAGGGGGGGACAAAUAUAUAUUAUUUAUUUACUUUUUCCCACUAUCUUAGUUGUUACACUGGUAACGCUGUUUUUUCCGUCGUCAGUUGCUUUUUGUUUUACUGGAAGUAGUUUUUUUUUAUUAUUUAGCAAGUGGCGGCGGGUGUAAGCUAAUAGUAGAUUUAGCGAACAUAGUGUUUGCUCGUAUAUAUACAUAAUUAUAUAUAACUUGUAACUGCACUUAGCGUACCCGAUAUGUGUCAUUACAUUAAUAUUAAUAGAUUAUAAAUGUGUGUUUUAUUCGCGUAGUGCGACGGGGUUAGACCUUUUGGGUUGUGGUUUAUUUUUCAUCUACCCUCCACCCUUUUUCUAUGACCCAUUGCAUGUGAAUGAUCUCCUAUUUUAACAAUAAUGUACGAUGGUAGCUUAUUUAUGACACUUGGUAAUGUCAGGGGAUGUAGAUAUUUGACAAUGGAUACCUAGAAAUCUGCCCACAUAUUUUGUAGGCCUGGGUGGGUAUAUUUGAAGGAAAAAAAAACAUUAUUGUUUAAUAGCAGAUUGUUCUAGUACGCUCUGGGCUCCUACUUAGAUAGAUGCACGAUUUUUUUCCCAUCAGUAGCUUGAGAUGUGUGAUUAAAAAAACCGAUUACUCAACGAAAUAUAUUGUAUAUGGCAACCCACUGCGAGGCAGUGUGGGCGGGGCUUGCUGACUUCGGGCCGGUAAGUUUCUGAAGGAGGCAGCAUGUUUUAUAGAGUAGAUUAAAACACAAGCGUCUUGACUAACUCGGAAAAAUCUAAACAAACAGUAGGUCAGCAUGGCAUGAUGUAAAUCUUCCAAAUAUAGUACUUUUGACUGUCAAUUCUACGAAAAGGCGUACGCCAAAGGUUGUGAUACGUGCUAUUAAACAUUUGCUUUAAAAGAUAAAUAAAAAGGUUAUCUUUUAAACCAAAUAGACUUCUGUAGCCAUCAUCCGUAGCGUAGAAUCUCGUACUUCUAGAAAGCUUAGCUUUGAGGCCUACAGUCUUCCUUCUCCAUUCGAGAGGAUACACUUCCUUUGCCAAAUGUAAGAAAAAUCAUGCCAAAAUGUAAAACCGCCAAACAAUUUUUUGCUCAACGAUACUUAGUGACUUUUUUCCCAGAUUAGAUUGAAUGUUAUCGGACACUCUGGAAUAUAUCAAUUUCAUGGUCUUCUUGUCUUUGAAACCUUCUCGAUAACGAGCAGUUAAGGAGUUAAUUAAUUGAGGUUAUAAUUGAUUGCCAAGUUUGAAAAAGAGAAUUUGACAAUAAAUAUUGAGAAAGGCAAUGCCGACGACGCUUCUGAAUAAAUUCGUUGCCAUAAAGAAACAUUCCAUUCUAGUCAUUUUUGGAAUUCGUACUAUAGUACCUAUCUAUCUUGUGCAUUAUUCUGUAAAGGAUCUCUUGCAAAAAUAAUACUCGAUAAGAGUCUAUUCUUGCUCAACAUAAAUUGUGUUAAUUCUUGCAUAGUUGUUAAAUUGCUUGUUUAAACAGUAGAUUUGUGCCAUACACUGCGUAAAUUCAGAAUGUGCUUUCGCUAUCCAGGUACACUGGACCAAUAUAUAAACACAUUGUUUACGUAAGGGUUAAAUAAAAUAUAUACAAUCAUAAAUUACAUAAAGUAAUUAUACAACCAUUUGGAUUGGUAAUUAAAUAUAAAAGUAUGUUAUAAAUACAAUGUUGUGUGUUUUAAAUGUACGGCAGAUGCUAGUUUAGUCGUAGCGUAGUCAUUUUGAAGUUUUACAUUUAUAAUAUUAUAAUAUAACUAACCGAAAGCAAUAACAUAAUAUAAUAUUAUUAUAUAUAUUGACAGUAUAAAAAUAAAGGCACGCGCGCGCUGCGGCUAUGGCUCCACGAAUAAAAUAAAUUAAUAAUAUAUGGCGGUAGAUUUUGCGUUAAGGAUAACCGUUAAAUUUAAAAUGCAAUCCAGUAACUUAGCUUGGCAAUUGUGUAUUUUUUAAAUGACCGCCUGUAAUUUUCUGGCAAGUUGCAUAGUGCGGCAUUGCAUACCUAGAUUUGGGAUGAUGUUAACGUUAACGCAAAAACUACCCGGCUAUAAUCAAUGAUUUAAAAAAAACCUUCAUCUGUACCUAACACAGACUACACGGCAGCGCGCGUUUUCUCUUACUUAUAUUAGAAAUAUAACACCACAUGCAUAAAAUAUAUUACAAUAUUUUUAUAUAAUAGGAUUGGUGUACUCAGUAGCAAGUUGGUAUUUAUAAUCGUGAUAAUUUAGUGAACUCUUGUUGAGGUGUUAAGGAUUGCUGUUUUGACUUAUCAUUGUGUAGAGCGUUGAAGUCGCGGCUUUCCAAGGCGUGCGGCCGAGUUCCUUUGCUCUGUUUUUUUAAAAGUAAACCUACAUGGCAUCAUUUUAGAAUUAGGUAGUAUUUUUAAGUCUGGUCACACCUGCCUAAUUAAAUCACACUCGAAUGAGGCUGUUUGACAUUCCAGUAUUUAUAAUAUUUUUGUUGUUUGUGAAUUUUGCAUCUUAACAAGGAGUUGUUGCGUUUCUAUUUUAUUUAUUACUUAAUUAUUAUAUCACAUAAUGUAGAUUAAUGUGCAAUAUCGUAUUAAUUAGAUUUCAUAUUUAUUGUCGUCAGGGAAUAAGUAGUUUUUCGAGGGGUGUGGUAGAUAGUAUUAGAGCAGCAAUGUGAAUGUAUAAUUUUUAAUUAAAGUUUUCAGUAUAUGGGUCCCGGAACAUAGACAUUUAAUAAGUUUUCGAUAGCAAAGAAUACCAUACGGUUUAAUAAUUUACUUACCUACUAAACAUUUUAUUAGGUUUCUGUAUCAGUCGAAAAAAGGCCUAAUAUUGCACAGUUGAAAAUAUUUUUUUUUAUAUCUAACAGUGUCGAAGAUGCUACGGUCUAUGUUUAUGGGAAAUGUUUGCUAAAACCCCGGCUUUUAAUCUGUCUUAAUGCAUUGUGAAUAGGCCACAUUACCAACAACUUAAUCGAUAUGCAGUGUUUAUUGGCGUAGUUUUAAAAUAAGUUAAAAGUAGUAUUUAUGUACGUACCUAUUGGGUCGAACAAUGCCUUUUUUGAAACUGUCGCCAGUUGUUUUUGUGUAAUUGUUUGGUUGUUCAAAAAAGGUGUUCUAAUGUAGACAGUGUAGACUGCGGGCUACGCUAGCGCCCUCUAGUUAGCUGGAACGCAGUAGCGGCCGCGCGCCUCUUAAGCCAUUAAAAUACUCUGAUUCAUCUCCACAUUAGAAGUAUUAGAAAUAAAUGGUGACACAAACACA